AUGCGUCCAAUCAUAUCUAGUUCGCGAGUGAAACCAGGUCUUGCUAAAUCCCCAGCCCUUCCAGCAUCGACGUCUGCAGAACCAGCUCAAACUCUGCCACCAAUUAAUCAGAAAUCUUCGGAUGAGCUAGAAAGACUGCUACAGCAGGAAAAGAUGAAAACCACUAAGUUGAGUACAGAACUAGAGAGACAAAAGACUCUGAUUGCCGAACUGAAGGUCGAGUUUGAAAAAGGAAAAAGCCCCUUCCCUUUAUUCCAAAUCCAAACCGAAAAAGGUGAAUCGGCUAAACGAGGUGCUAAAGUAGCACCAUCUAUGGCGAAUUCAACUACCACGAAAGUCAAAGAGCAGCCUACGAGUGAUGAUGAGCCAGAGGAAAAGAGGUGGCCGGAAAAACCUUCGAGAACGUCUAAUCAAAAGAAUUUAAGACCUCCAAAAGACUCACAACUCCCACCAUGGUCUAUUGUAGGCCCAACUAUUGGACAGAUUUUAGGUGCUUCUCCAUCGUAUUGA